CCAUGCGCUCUCUCGCGCUGUGUCUGUGGCUCGCGCUCCUGUGCGCGUUUCUCCGCUGCGCCGCCUCCGAGUUCUCCUCCUCCAAAUCCGACCUGGAGUACGAGUUCGGAGAUUACCGGGGCAAAUGGUGCAUCGACGAUCACGGCUUCGUGUAUAACAUCGGCGAGGUUUAUUACCCAGGGCGCACCGCGUGCCCGUGCACCUGCACGGAGGACGGACCGGUGUGCGUGCGACCCAAGUGCCCGCGCAUACACCCGCGCUGCACGCGCAUCAAGUACAAGUCGUGCUGUCCGGUGUGUGAGGCCAUCAGCAAGGUGUGUGUGUACGGAGGCAAAACAUACCGGCUGUUCGAGGAGUUCAGGUUAUCUCGGUGUGAGCGGUGUCGCUGUGAGCCCAGUGGUGAAGUGUACUGCAGCAUAUCAGACUGUCCGGCUCUGCACUGUGUAAACCCAACAUAUGAACCCAAACAUUGCUGCCCUGUGUGUAAGAGCGGUCCAAACUGCUUCGCGGGGAACCGCAUCAUUCCAGCCGGGGAGCGGGUGGAGGUGGACGAUUGGACUGUCUGUUUCUGUACCUACAGAGACGGAUCCUGGCAAACGCACCCGCACGCCACGUGCGAACAGCGCCAGCGGCCAGACGAAGACGUGUUCAAGCAGAUGGAGGAGCAGGAGAUGGAGAGAGAGAGGGAGAGAGAGAGGGAGAGAGCGAGGCAGAGAGAUAGAGAACGCUUGCCCAGGUUGGAUGCCAUCCCAUGAUGGCUUGAGCGUCCACGGCCUGGAGAAACACAACCUGCGAUGUACCGAGUGCCAACGUUGACCUCUUCCACCCCCUCCAGACCCAAGACAUCCGGUUCAAAACACUUGCAUUCUGGGAUACAUCUUACAUGUACAUGCCCGGGACACAUACUGUGACAUGCUAAAAAUGGUUUAAUGAAUCCAAACUCGAGUAGUUUAUUAAAAAGUCAACGUAAAAUAUGUGAUAAAAGUCAGAUGAAUGCCAGAUGAACUCACUGAUCAGACCCGUCCAAGUGUGUGAGACAUGUCCAAGCGUGUGACCUAAUAUACUCUAUAACUUUCACUCGCUAGGUCUGUCAGACUCCAAGUGACUGUUCAAGUGACUGGUGUAGGUGAAGAUUAGCCCCGCCCACUUUACAUUAAACGGUUAGCAAUUGUAGUGAAGAGCACGUGGACACUGGAAAGUCAUCAGUUAUUCAGACGUUAUAUUGUGUGAGAGAGAAAUGUAUCCUACGUUACAAAGAGCCCCUUACAUUUGGAUGACUUUGAUAACUUGGAAAUUCAUUUGCCAAGAAGUAUCAAUAAAACAACACUUUAUUACUCAACCUUUUGACCUUUUCUUUGUUUCGUAGAGCCAGUACAACAAUGCUAGCUAAUUUCAUUGAAUAGUCGAGUGAAGAGUGUCUACAUAUUCUCUCUUACACCUGAAAACUGCUGUCUUCUUCUUCACAGGGACUGACACGGGAUGAAUUUGCAUGUUGUAAAUAUUUUUUGACAUUUUGUCCUCACAAAUUUCGGACUUUAAAACCAGAAGAAUCAUAAAAUCUAUAGUAAGGUCCCCACUCGAACCUACUACCUAACUUCUUACACUAUAGUCAGCGUAAAUGUUAUUUUCUGUAACAUUCUAUUGGACAAAGAUUUAAUUAGUCUUUUUUUUUUUUUAAUUUCGUUAAAGCAUGUCAAGGAAAUAUGAGUUAAAAUGAAUAUUUUCUUAUAGUUUGCUAUUCCACAACAGUGAAGUGAUUCUAUCUGGAGCUUCAAAUAUACGAAAUUCAUAUUCAGACACUUUUUUUUGUCAGCUUUCAAGCUCCACAGUUUUAAAUAUAAAGAUUAUAAGAAAAUAUACAAACUAUACCAAACAACAUGAUAACACAGUACACAGCCAUACACUUGAACACUGCAUAGGUUGCCAUAGUUACAAGCAGUGCCUGAGUAUUUUAACAUGCUAUGUAGUUAGUGCAGUAAAUAACAAAAAACAAAACAAAACAAAAAAACAACAACAACGCCAAUAGUGACAAUUUAGAAUGAUAGAAAACUGAGUUGUAUGAAUUCUUCCAUAUUUUUGGGAAUUUAUUGUACUGUUUAUUAUUCUCUUCCACUCAUAGCUAGCAAAGCAUUCAUGCUUAGCCUGUGUGGUUUUUAUAUGUCGUGUAAAACCAUUUUUGUUUCACUUUUAAACCUUUAAAAACGCAUUUAGCCAUCUGGACCUUUAUGCAGUACAGAUUAAAGUGAAAACUGCAUCGCGAAUGAUUAAUAUUAA